AUGUUUUGCGCGAUCAGUGGGGCGGCGCCGGCGCGCCCGGUGGUGACGCCGAGAGGCGUGCUGUACGAGAGAUCGUUGAUCGUGAAGGCGAUCGAGGAACGAGGCGAGUGCCCGGUGACGAAAGAAUCGCUGAGCGUGGACGAUUUGAUCGAACUCAAGGCGCAGAAAUGGGUGAACCCGCGACCGGAGGCGACGAUGUCGGUGCCAGGGUUGUUGAGCGCGUUUCACAACGAGUGGGACGCGUUGAUGCUAGAAACGCACACGCUGCGGAAGGAAUUACAAACGACCAGGCAAGAGUUGAGUCAUGCGUUGUACCAACACGAUGCCGCGUGUCGAGUGAUCGCACGGUUGAUGAAGGAGAGAGAUGAUGCCAGAGACGCGCUCGCGAACGCGAAGGGGUCGGCGAAGCGAAGCGCCGCGGGGGACGCCGAACCGGAAUCGAAAAAGGUCAAGGCGGGACUUCCGGCGGCUGUCGUGGCGAAAAUGAAUGACGUGCAGAAGGAACUUUCGAGUGGACGCAAGAAGCGCGAAAUUUCGAGCGAAUUGGCGACGAUGGGGGAUAUCUCGGCGUACGAAGCCAAGGUGACGCAAGCUGUGCACAAGACGUCGCCUGCAGGCAUCAACGCCGUGGCGAUCAAAGCGGGCGACGAUAACGUCAUCGCCACGGCGGGUAACGAUCAUACUGUGGCAAUCUUUGACAAAGUAAGCUCGCAGCGCGUUCAGCAGCUCAGCGGACAUUCCAAGAAGGUUCUCGACGUCAAGUUUGUCGGCGACAACGUGUUGUCGUGUGGCGCGGACAAAGUCGUCAAGCUUUGGGGUGCCGAUGGCUCUGAGAUUGCAACGUUCGGUGAUCACACUGGUGAUGUAACCAGCGUCAGCGUGCAUCCCUCGAACAGCUAUUUUGUGUCCACUUCAACGGACAAGACUUGGGGAUUUCACGACCUUACCACGAGCUCGUGCAUCACCUUGGUGAACGACGACACCGAUUCUGCCAUCACGUGCGCAAAUUUCCACCCCGAUGGUGUGAUUUUGGGAGCGGGCACGAAGGAUUCGGUAGUUAAGCUUUGGGAUGCUAAAGAUGCGCGCAAGUUGCUUCAAUUAGACGGCCAUGCGAGCGAGAUUACCGGUUUGUCUUUCUCGGAAAAUGGCUACUAUCUCGCCUCUGCGGCUAAGGACGGUGUGAAGAUUUGGGACCUUCGAAAGUCCAAGCUCGUUCACGAGAUCGAAUGUGCUGGCGCACAGGGCGUUGCUUUCGACCACAGCGGGUCUUACAUCGCCACUGGCGGUCACAAUGCGUCCGUUUACCAGGUGAAAGGCAAGUGGGAAUUGGUCAAGGAGUUUGAGGUGAAGAAGGCUGUCAAGGCUGUCGCCUUCGGCGGCGACGCGCGGUCGCUCGUCGUCGCUAGUGCCGACCAUAACUUGCGUAUCUUCGCUUAGAUCUAGGAUUCGAUUAAUUUACACACUUCUAAAGUGAGCUAA